CCUCCACCAUCAAACAGCCGAUCGACAGAGCGGCCGAGCGGGGAGCUGAGAAGUACGACGCCUAAGACGCUACACAAAAAACGCUAGGAAAUUACGCUUUUAUGUCCUGCAGUACCGGUGGAAAUUUGGGCUGGAACUACGGCAAUGAAAUAGCGUCGAAAGGAGUGCCACGUACACGGGAGAAAGUGAAGAAAGCGGGAGGAAAGAAAGAUUGGUGGUUGUGAUGUUGGUCUGAUCAGACCAGCUUCCUCUGCUUCAAGACUACAUUUCCCAUGGAGCUGUGCACCGACACAGCAGACUAUUCUACCAUGGAGCCACCAGUCAGGGUUUUGGACCCAAAGAGCAAGUGAGACAGAGGAGGACCUGAUAUUGUGAUAUUACCCUCCAAAACCUCAACCCCAUCCUUGUGUCAUCUCCUCCCUCCAUCCCUCCUGCUUGUCCUCCACCUGACCAUCCUUCAGUCCGAGGCCUCCUCAGGCUGCCUCAAGCUCCUCCCAACUUCCUGACUCCUGCUGUGGAUUAUAGAGUUUUAUCAGGACUGGGGUAUCUCCUCUCAGUCCAGCACACGGACCAGCUGAUCAGAAACUGCCUCAUCACUGAGCACGGAACUGUCUGGGCCCAGAUCCGGUCUCAGUCCAGGUCUACUGCAGGAUGGCAGGUCUACCGUUCUGUUUGGCUGUGUUGGCCGCCGCUCUCCUGCUGACCCUCAGAGCUGACGCUGCAGGUCAGAACCCAGACCACGUCCUGCAGGGGACAGGGGUGAAACCUGAGGCUCGACGACCCGGCGAGGACUCCACCAUCGCACCCGAGGACGCCGCACGAUUCCUCAGCUGCUACUGCUCUGGACACUGUCCUGAAGAUGCCACGAACAACACCUGCCAGACUAAUGGUCAGUGUUUUGCCAUCAUUGAGGAGGAUGAGCAUGGAGAGGCCAUCCUCACCUCCGGCUGCAUGAAGUAUGAAGGCUCACACUUCCAGUGCAAGGACUCUCCCAAAGCGCAGACCAGGAGGACGAUCGAGUGCUGCAACACCGACUUCUGCAACAGAGACCUGCAGCCCACCCUCCCCCCACAGGCUCCCUCUGAAGGGAGCCCCCACUGGUUGGCUUUCCUCAUCUCUAUGACGGUGUGCUGCUGCACUCUGAUCUGUGUCACCGUGAUCUGUUACUACAGGUAUAAGUGGCAGACUGAGCGUCAGCGAUAUCACAAGGAUCUGGAGCAGGAAGUCUUCAUCCCUGCUGGAGAGUCCCUCAAAGAUCUCAUUCACCAAUCGCAGAGCUCUGGCAGCGGCUCAGGGCUCCCCUUGCUGGUGCAACGAACCAUCGCCAAGCAGAUCCAGAUGGUGCGCCAGAUCGGUAAGGGCCGGUAUGGUGAGGUGUGGCUGGGCCGCUGGAGAGGAGAGAAGGUGGCCGUCAAAGUCUUCUUCACCCGAGAGGAAGCCAGCUGGUUCAGAGAGACGGAGAUCUACCAGACUGUCCUGAUGAGACAUGAAAACAUCCUGGGCUUUAUCGCAGCCGACAUUAAAGGUACGGGCGCCUUCACACAGCUCUUCCUCAUCACCGACUACCACGAGAACGGCUCUCUGUACGACUACCUGAAGCUGACCACGCUGGACACGCAGGCUCUGCUGCGACUCGCCUACUCAGCCGCCUGCGGCCUCUGCCACCUGCACACCGAGAUCUACGGCACGCAGGGCAAACCGGCCAUCGCCCACCGAGACCUGAAAAGCAAGAACAUCUUGAUCAAGAAGAACGGCACGUGCUGCAUCGCUGACCUCGGCCUCGCUGUCAAGUUCAACAGCGACACUAACGAGGUGGACAUCCCUCUGAGCACCCGGGUGGGGACGAGGCGCUACAUGGCCCCUGAGGUCCUGGACGAGAGCCUCAACAAGAACCACUUCCAGGCUUACAUCAUGGCCGACAUGUACAGCUACGGCCUUGUCAUCUGGGAGAUGGCCAGACGCUGUGUCACUGGAGGUAUUGUGGAGGACUAUCAGCUGCCGUAUUAUGAGAUGGUGCCCUCUGACCCCUCCUAUGAAGAUAUGCUAGAAGUGGUGUGUGUUAAAGGACUUCGACCCACAGUGUCCAACCGCUGGAACAGCGAUGAGUGCCUCCGGGCCAUGCUGAAGCUGAUGUCAGAGUGCUGGGCUCAUAACCCCGCUUCCCGCCUCACCAUCCUCAGAGUCAAGAAAACGCUCGCCAAGAUGGUGGAGUCCCAGGACAUCAAGAUCUGACCUCCCUCAUCAUCAUCCUCCUCCUCCUUGUCCCACCUCCGCCACCGGAUUCACCUGAACUCGCCCAGCCUGACCUGACGUGGACCGGAUCAGACCGGACCAGCGUCCACAGGCUCGCUCACCCCUCAUCAGGAGGAGGAAGAGGAGGAUAAGUUGGGAGAUAAAAAAACUUUUUUUUUUUUUUUUUUAAAAGAAAAGGACCCGUCUCAGGGCUGAACUGUGCACCACCACCUCCUCCUCCUCCUCCUCCUCCUUCUUCUUCCUUCUUGCUCUUCUUUCUUCCUUCUUGAGUCCAUCAGCUGGAAACAAACAUAGAGUCCUUCCUCCUCCAGCUCCUCUUUCUGUGAUGAGACAGCCGGGUUUGACGCUUUCUGUGAAAGCCAAACAAGACAAUAAAAAUAAUUCUGAUGACGACUUCUUGUGGAGGGCAGAGGAGGUGAGGGGAUGGGGCUCUUGAUGCUUGUUGUGAAUGAAAAGUUUGAAACUUUUUUUUUUUUUUUAAAGGACCCACCUUGCCCAGCCCUCCUCCACAUCUGCCUGUUUUAAAAAAAUGCCAAUUUUUUUGUUGUUUUUUGUUUAUUUUUUUUUCUCUUCAGGACUGAGUUCUCCUGCCAUAUUGAAAUAUAUCUCCACUCUUACAGUAGAGUUAAUUAUAAAAGAAAAAAUAAGGUACUAUUAUAAUAUGUGAAUUUUAAUGUGUAAAUAAAUGUUAUCAUUAGAUGCCGUGCCUCCUCAUAAGAAGAUUUUUUAAAAAAGAAACCAGAACACUAUGCUGCAGUGGUGUUGACGUCCGGCCGACUCCUCAGAGACGUUGACGGGAGAUGAUGGAGUCACUGCGGAGACGUCUGCCGUCCUGUUUGUCUGUCUGUCUGUCUGUCUAUUAGGUCAUUAUUGUACAACAGUUAAAAAGAAACAGAAAAACACUCUCUGGUUGAGUUAAACCUCAGUGGGUGAAGCCAAAGGAGCCAAACCUGUAGACCUGUAGAACUUACUCUGACCCCCGAGGCACUGCCACGUCCAACGAUUUGUUCAGUGACUCACAUGAAUUAAUGAGACCAGUGACAGCAUUGUAGGCGAGACUAGAGAAAAGGAAAAAAUGGAUGAAAUGUUUGCAGUGAAUUGACAAUCUUGGCUUCUUUUUUUUUUUUGAGAGGACAAAUUCUUAGAACUGAGAUUUGCCAAAUCAUCAGUCAUUUCUGUUCUAGUCUUCACAAAAUGAUCAUUUCACUUCAGCUCCUGUAAAACUAAUACAACAAUGUAAAAAUACUCAGUUACAAGUAAAAGUUCUGCAUUUAAAAUGCCACACCUACAAAAUUUUCAUUGAUAAAAUUUUCAUCACUGACUUCAGUCUCAGAGGAGUCUGGGCCUUGUCAUCUGUAUUAGGUUAAAGAUGACUGUUUGGAUCUGAGUUCCUGGCUGGUUCAGAUCCUUCACAGUCUGACCUGAGGCUCUGCCUCUCUGCUCUCCUCACUUUGGCUUCCUUCUCAUCAUCUUCACUCUUAACAGACAGGAGUGAGUGGGAACUUGGUAUCAUCAGCCUCCUCCUGACUGGUCCAGAGUUCCUCCUGUUCCUCUUUAAUAUGUGGCCUCUCUGGGUCCUCCUGAUCCAGGCUAUGGCUCAGCUCAGGGGGAAAUCUCUUCUUUAAUCACCAACAGAUGCUGGACAUCUGCUGGGAACACCAACAUACAAACACACACACACACACACACACACAUUAUGGAUGACAAUACUUUUGAUAAAAAAGUGUCAUGAGCUAAACGCACUUAAAGUACCAAAAGUAAAAGUGCUUGUUCCACAAAUGGCCCUGGACCAGUGCAUUAUUACAUUUACACUUUACUGUUGUAGCUGCUCGAAGUGGAGCUGGUUAAUACUACUUAAUGUUGCAGAUACAUUUAUAUAACACUAUAAAAAUGUUGAAUAGUUUGAGCCUCAAACUGCUUUAAAUGAAACCAUGUGACAAGUUUUGAGGGGAAAAGUCUCCAGUGGAACUUACAGCUGACAGAGCUCAGAAACAUGACUAGACGCUGACUUUUUGUUAGAGAUCCCAAAUCAAAUAAAUUGGAAACCACUGAUUAAAUCUAUAAAAAUGUAUUUUAUUUUAUAGGAUUUUCAUAUUUGUAUAUGUAAAAUAUUAAUCUGGUAACUAGUAACUAUGAAGAAGAAAUAUGAAGUUGCAGAAAAUGUACAAAUAGUUUAAAAUCUUUUACUUGAGUACACUGCUUUAGAAAAGUUCUUCUCACCACCACAAAACUGAAAUUAAAAAUAUUAAACCAAGUGACAUAAUAUUUCCUGCUCCAUCUUGACUUUGGCUCCCUCCACUGUAGUUUAACUUGUCCGGUCAGUUUAUUUUAAUUUCGAGGAAUGCUUGUUAAAAUCAAACUUCCUUCAAAAAAAAUCCACUGCUUCUUCAUUCUGCAACAUUGAAGUAAACUGAUGUCCUUGAAUGACCUUCAAAACAAUCAGGAAAUCGUUUCUUCAGCAUUUCAGUUCAAAACUUUGUCAUCAAGAAUAUUUGGGGGGGCAGAUCCUGGAGGUGUUUAGCCUAGCUUAGCACAAAGACUGGAAGCGGGUGGAGACUGUUAGCAUACCCCCAUCAAAAGAGAAAAAUCAGUGUUCCAACAACUUGCAAAUCUGUUGGCUUUACAUGUUUUAUCCGGUUUAUUGAACAGGUGUAGAAAAAGAAAUGUAAAAAUGAGACUUGACUCUUUUGAUGGAGCUAGGCUAACACUUUCCAUCCACUUCCAGUAUCUGUGCUAAGCUAGACUAACCACACUCUGGGUCUAUCUCUGUACUCAACACAUAGAAGAUUUCCCUAAAAUGUUGGAGUGUUCCUUUAACUGUUUUGUGUUGGUCUUCUCUCCUCAGCAGCACGAUGACAUGCCUGUGUUGGCUUGCUGUGCGUGUUCACUGUGAGUGAGUGAGUGAGUGAGUGCGAGAGAAUGAAGCUAACCGUUCAUACAGUAGCUAUUUAAGAGCAGUAACUUUAGUGUUUUUCUCUGUAAUAAAUAUGCAAGAAAACCCCCAGUAUAGAAUAAUCUCUAAUAUGUAAAUCUUUAAUGUUUUUUGUUUUGUUUUGGUGUUGUUGUUGUUUUGUACAGCAUCUGGUUCGGUGCCUUAUGAGUUUACCAAGGAAAAUGAAAAACUCUGUAUACAGUCUGUCCAAUGUAACGAUUUUUAAGUAAAUAACCUUAUUUUAGUACACAAACUCACAGCGUCCACUCUGCUUCCUUCACCUGUUCACCAGCUCGUUGAUUUAUUUGCUUUUAAUGCACAUGUUGUUUAUGUUGUUUUUUUGGUUUUUGGUUGCUGUUUUGUUUUUGAUGUGUUUGUUUUAUACACACAUUCUUUCACUUUUUGAAUGGAAACCCAUUUCUACCCAGAGGAGAAAAAAAAGAAUAGGAUAAAAAUAAUCAGGGUCAGAGUUAAAAUACAGCAGAUUUUUGACCCUAGCCAAAAUUGAGACCCACUCAAAUAAAGCAGAUAUAACCAGGUAUAAGCUUGACCUUUUCAAAGUAAUUAUUGUAACAGAAAGUCAAAAUUUAUAUGUUGCAAAUUUUGACUUGUGUUGUAAUCCAUACUUUUAAAAUUUAUAUUACAUAAUUAUAAUUUUGACACACCAAAUUUUAAGUUGGGCCAAUAAUUUUCUUAAAUGUUAAUGUUCUAAUCUUCCCCAUGAUUUAAUACAAUUUCGACUCUUUUGAACUUUUAUUUUGGGAUUUCAAACCUUGUUUUACUGUGGAAAUGAUUGAUAGGGACAUAAAUCUUUGGAAAAUUACAUUAAUUGUUGGUGGGGGUCUGAUAAUAAGACCCAGGUUCAAAAAUACUGGAGUCAUCAUCAGAAAGUCAAGGUCAGAAUUUUGACUAUAAGACAGAUUUUCAAAUUAGUCAGAAUUUUGUAUCAGAUUCCCAUCAUUUUGAUUCACUGCAUUUGUUAUUUUUGUUAAUAUAAAUAUUUCAUGUUUUCUUGGCAGAAAUGAGCUUCCAUACAAAUCAGGACAGUGCUGCAUGUUGUUUCUGGUUGUUCAGAGUCCAGACUGUUCCUCUGAGCAGAACACCAAUACUGCAUCUCACAAACGUAAGAACCAAGCGAUCUUCAUUUUAAAUCAAUGUAGGUGUUUACUUUUAUAUGUGAUCAGUGUUCAAAUAUUAUCUGUAAACAUGUAAAAUUGUUAAAAAUGUGACUAAGUUUAAGUUAAUUAUUCCUUAAAGAUCAUUAACUAUUUCAGUUUUUCAAGGCAGCAGCACUGAGUUAGGGGUCAAGGUAAUUUCUUAUUGGAACUAUGUCUGUUAAUUGUCAUAGAGAGACAAAUGCCAUGCUUUCUAGUCCAGUACCAUAAUCUAUUCAGUUUACAAUGAUAUGAGAAUAUUUAAUUGCAACCCCAAUUUAGUGUAUUAAAAUAAUUACCAGUUCUGAUAAACUCACAGACCAAUGUACCUUGUCUCAAAUUCUCCUUUUACCAUUAGUUCACCAAAUUAAACUUGAGUAAAUACACAGAGUCUUUGGAGUUGUUGUCAAAACAUUUUCGUCUUUAUUGUUAACGCCCCUCAGUCCUUCCCUGUCUACUUGUCCUCAGGCUUGUUGAAGCAGUAGGUGAGGCAGCACUUCCCACAAUAAUGGCGGUCGAAGUGGCUUGCCA